CCCCUUAUAAAUAAAAAAAUGUCAGGCUCCAUGAAAAAAAGAAAAUAUUUACAUUCAGAUUCAGAUGAAGAAUUUCAAUCACCAGAGACAAUCACAGCAUGGGAGAAAGCCUUCAGAAGUUUUACAAGCUGUAGAAGAUUAAAUCUACCAACAAAAAGAACAAUUUUGAUUCACUGGCAAGAUUUUACAGAAGGUUUUAUGAAAAGAGAACCAGAGGAAUGUAUUUUUAGAACAUUACAAGAUGAAGGAAAGUUAUAUUACUCAGGCGAUAUGUUUGAUAGCUGGAUAUAUUUCAGUCCGAUUGAUUUUAAAGACAAAGAAUGGUAUAAACAGAAUUGUGACUUGGAUUUAAUUAAGGAUGAACAGGUUCAAUCAGAAAUUCAUCAUUUGACAAUGGCUGUUAAGACAGCAGACCUAGAGGAUAGUCCAGGAACUUCAUCACUAGAGGUUCUAUCUGAGGCAAGCAGACAAAUUAUUUAACAUUUAAAGGGAAAGUCCGCGAUUUUUUACUUAUCAUCUAAAUAUGAUCAUCUUGACAUAAAAAACACAUUCACAAAGUUUUAAAUUUAUAUUCUUUCUAAUAACGGAGAAAAUCAAGUAUUUGCAACUUUUUUGGUUGACCUACGUCACUGGGUUGUGACGUUUUAACCCGAUUUGUUGAAUCAUGGGAAAAAAUAAAAUCAGUUAAAGUCUUAAUUGCUUAUCAGAAUUUUAGGUUAAUUAAAAGCGCACAGAUGACCGUUGGUCGUAGUUAAUAACCACAAUAUAAGAAUGAAAGAAAAUGAAUAUGUGUGUACCUUUUUGUAUUGAUUGAAUAAAACUUCCUAUAUGAAGUUAUCUAAAUAUAAAUAUUUUCGAAUUAAUUUCAUAAAUUAUUGAGAUUUUUUCAUAAAAUAUCUAUAGAACAUUUUUACUGAUAAUGAACUGAAAAUAUUUUAAGUUUUAUUUACCGUUAUAACUUUGAUAACCAUUUUAAUGCAAAAUAUUUGUGAACAGAGUGUGUAUAUUAUUUUGUAAAGUCAUUGUUUAUUUCUCGAUUUGAGGAGAAUUCGUUUGAACUUUACCUUGCAGCAAUUUAGCCUCAGGCGUACACAGGUGUGAAUAUUGUCAUGUUGAAUGGAUUAACAGACAGAGUAUAGCGUGUUUAAUAUACCCAGAUGAAAUACCCGAUAACAAUAGAGAAACAAUAAUUAAAUUGCAUAAAUUAAUUGAAAAUUAACAUUCAACUUUUUAAUUCCGGAAGUGUUACAAUAUUAAAAUGGAACAAUUUUCGGUUACGUUCUAUGCAAUUAGCAUAAAGUUAAAAUAUGAAGUUAAAAGAAUAGUACUUUUAAUCUUAAAAAUUAAAUGUUACAUUUCCCAAUUAAUAAUCAUUGCACAUCUGUUUAAUUUAUUUUACCGGAAUUCUUUAACUUGUAUUAUUUAAAUCUGGCGAUGUUUAAAUGCUAACAAUCGUAAAACUAUCGCAAUUUUAAAGUUUUUAAUUGAAAAAAUACAACAGUACAACAUGCAUGAUUUUUUUUAAUUUUCUUAUUAACAUUUCAUUCUUACAUAAUUAAAUUCAUUUGACAAUCACUUAGACGAAUUAUUUGUGAAAAGAAUACCAAUUAUCGUUUAUUUCAUUAAUGGAUAUACAUACAUUGUAAAUCUAAGCUAAUACAUUAAUUUGUUUGAGGAUUUUUUUAAGAUAGCCGUCAUUAAUCCAAAUUAGUAAUACAGUUGUUGUAAUUGAAGGCAUAUCUUAGUAAUGUAUUACUGAUAUUGACGAUUUUAGAACAGUUCGUCCCAACCUCGUUGUUCUUGAAACAAUCUUUACUAGUAUACUUGUAAGUUUCCUGACGUAUAAGCGCCAUUGAGGAUGAGCUCCAGAGAUAGCAGACUAGUAGCGUAUUUGUUUGUUGGGGCAGGAGAGGCCAUGCAACCACUUGUACAGAUAAACAAGCUUAUGUUGUCAACACUAUCAGAAAGAGUUCCCAUCGUCGGAUGGGGUAUAUGAAGGUUCCAAGAAUGAACUAUUGACAUGUCUGACUCUGAACAGUUAGUAAACGGACUUAACAAUGAUCUAUAGACAUCGACCGCUUGUUCUUGAUAUUUGAAACUGCAUGCAUAUAUACGUUUAUGAGAGUGAUUAUUUAUCUUGUAUCUGACGAAAACUAAAUGCCUGCAUGGUUAUAUCUUGCCAUACGUUUGUAUUGGUUUGGUGGGUGUUCACUCAAAAUCGUAAUUCAAAAAUUGUGUUUGUGAGAUGUAGAUUCACUUCAAUACCGAAUUUCGUCUAUAUAUUUCACAAGUGUAUACCACGGAGAAGAUCUGAAGGUAUAUUACUCCCAUUUUGUUUGGGUGUGAACCAUCGAUGUUUACAGCAAUAUUUAAUGAAUAAGAUGAUGAUGGUAGAAAGAACUAUGAUCGUCAUGUGGCAAAUAUUACAUGCAUGUCGGACCAUGAGUUGUCAAUCUGUAUGAAAAGAUUUCCAAUACAACCAUAUUGAGUAGGAAUUUUUACAUUCUAUACUCUCGUACUAGUAUUACAGGGUUCUUGUGUCGUUUAACUCAGACACACAUCUUUUACUUUAAGAUGUAUGAAAGGUUCUAAAUAUAUAUAUAUAUAUCUUAAAUGUAACAAUAAUCAAACGCCUAUAGGCAAUCACUAAAAUGGUAUGAAGUUUUUAUACAGAUUUAUUCUUAUUUACACAAUCAUUAACAAACUAAAUAAAUUUAACAAAGUAACACCGUGACACUACGAUAUAACAAAUGGGAUACUAAUUAUUUUUAACCAUGCUAUGCAGAAACUUAACACAUCAAGCAGGAACAUAUUUAUUAAUAUACUGGUCCCAGCAUCAAGUUAGUGCACGUGAAUACCAAUUAGGAACACGAUGUGUGAUUUUGUAUAGCAAAAAAUAUCAAAGCGAGCAAUAACUUUGUCAAGCAAACAUUUUUUUUCACUAUGCCUCUCUUUAUCUCUGCUCCUUUACAAUAACUAUUUCGCUUUUCGUCGAUCAUUCUCUAUAUUGUUCUCUAUUCGGUUAUUUUUUUUUUCACUAUGCCACUCUAUCUCCGCUCCUUUUCCCCCUGUCGUCCUAAUCCUUAUAAAGAUAGGGACAUUAGACAUAGAAGGGGCUCUCUUAUCUUCAAUGAAUUAAUAUUGAUAGUGACUAUAAGUGCUGCAUUACUUUAUAUAUCUGCAUGUUUGCCAAUCGACAAAAGCUUGUAUUUGCUUGAAGAUUUUUUUUUCUUCAAAAAUAUGGUCCAGAAUCAUGACAAAACAAUAUUCAUUUCACAAAAAUGUUCAAAGGUCAUGUUUAUAAUUUUUUUUAAACUUAUUAUCAGCAAAAAUAGUGGAUAAUAUAAUUAUCAGAACAUCAUUCAUUAAAAGGUGGAAUUAUAAUUUCAAACACACACAAGAUAAACAACGUUAGACACAAAUAUAUGGUUCAUUAAAUGUUACCUGUGCACACCAGGUACCUCAAUAAAGAGGCCAUGCAUGAACCUGUAUUAUAUAAUUGUGUAAUACGAAUUUUUAGUUGACAGGAUGUCACUGGAAUACCCAGGGACGUGUAUCUAAUAUAUGUCCUUGGAAUACCUAACUGAAUGUGUCGCUCUGACACGACAUCUUUCAAUAAUUCUGACAUACCUAUUAUCAAUUCGGGAGGAAGCCAAAAUAUAUAUAUAUAAUAAGAUAACGUAAAUAAAAUUUAAAAAGAAAAAAAACCUAUAAAUUUUUCACCGAACAUACCAGAUAGAGUCACACAUUUAACUGUAAAGCUAAGUGUCUUUAUAAGUGACCGUUCCGAAUUGAUCCCGUAUCAAUUUGAUAUAAUUUAAAGAUUAGUUAAAAAAAAAAACACUUUUAAUAAAAAAAUUGAGAUGUCCGAUAUUUCGAUAUUUACAUAUGUAUAACCUGGGAAUAUUAUACUAUAUCAACAUAUUAUGUCCCAGCUAAAACCUCUUCCUAACAUUGACCUUGUCAAUAGCCGUUAAAUAUCAUAAUUAAAAAAAUGUUAUUUUAUAUGGUAUACUUUAUUAAUUGAAAAAUUAUCUUGUCUAAAUACGGAACUAUUCUUUAUACAAAUCAAUGCACUUUAUAUAAAAGAGGCAUACUAAUGAAUCUUCUGUAAAUCAGUGAUUGUUACAAGAACACUGCAUUUGUCUUUCUUAUAAUUGAAACUGUUCUUCCUCAUCAAAUCUAUAUUUUUUUUAUUCAACGAGAUCUUAUCAUAUAAGGAUUUGAUAACUAUAGCUAUCAGAACUGCUAGGUUAUUUUGUUAUUAAAAAAGGAUAAUUACCAUCGAAUCUCCCUCGAAACAAUAUUGUUCAAAAUGGUCUUCACACACCAACUUGUGCUUGCUAUAGAUGCAACUAUUUGCUGUUAGUUUAAGGUUGUACAACCAUGUCUGAUACAAUUCUUUCUUUUUUGUGGGAUUGGGAAAACUAUGUAGACUUUUGUCAUAACCUUGUCUGACAGAACAACCGUACGCUUGACAAGACAUUUUGACACUGAAUAACCGUCUACGGUAAUCCCCAAUUGAUGAUGGGAGUUUUUAACGCACGGUCGGUAAAUCCCCGAUUCUUUUUGUUCUUUGUGGUUUAUAGAUAUCACGUGACUUUUUAGAUCGAACAUGCCGACAAGAUGGCGAUAUGUCGAGAACUGAUAGUGAAUUUCAAAAAUCGAUUUUGAUCUCUUUACAUAGAGAAUAAAAGUUUUUUAUUUA